UUUCGGGUUUAGAACGCUCAGCGAGACCCAGCCGAGGAGGUUCCUGCUUCAACAGUGAUUGGACGGAACCCACCCCCGCUUGGGCCCACCAGUCUCUGCAUCCACUCAGUAGCACCGCCGCCGUCACCACCACCACCACCACCACCACUACUACUACUACCGCCGCCCCCGUGCUGCCAUGGCUUCGUCUCCUUCCCAGGUGCGCCAGAACUACCACCAGGACUGCGAAGCCGCCAUCAACCGGCAGAUCAACCUGGAGCUCUACGCGUCCUACGUGUACCUCAGCAUGUCCUACUAUUUUGACCGUGAUGAUGUGGCCCUGAAGAACUUUGCCAAGUAUUUCUUGCACCAGUCCCACGAGGAGCGUGAGCAUGCAGAGAAACUUAUGAAGCUUCAGAACAAGAGGGGCGGCCGCAUCUUCCUACAUGACAUCAAGAAACCAGAUCGUGAUGACUGGGAGAGUGGGUUGACAGCGAUGGAGUGUGCUUUGCACUUGGAAAAGAAUGUGAACCAGUCACUACUGGAGCUGCACAAGCUGGCAACUGAAAAAAAUGACCCCCACUUAUGUGACUUCAUUGAAACACACUACUUGGAUGAGCAGGUAAAAUCCAUCAAAGAACUGGGGGACCAUGUGACCAACCUGCGCAAGAUGGGGGCACCAAAAUCUGGAAUGGCAGAGUACCUCUUUGACAAGCAUACCCUGGGAGAAAGUGACAGUGAGAACUAAAAAUCUCCCACGAACAAAGGCUUCAGCUGGGUUUCUUGGUCAUCUUCAGCUGUGCAUGUUGUUUUUUUGUUUAUCCUUAACAUUGUCCAUAACUGUAUAAAAAUCAACUUUUGUUCCUUUGUGUUGUAUCUCAUGCCAAAUAAAGUGACUUGGUUCCA